CAGGCAGCCCCGGGACCCUGUGGGUCGGUGUAGGGGUGAAUUGAGGGCGGGGGGCGCUGGUAGCUCCCGCUGGGUGCCUGCAGGGCACUACCCUACUGCCCCCCGCCCAGAGAAAGGGUGUUUUUAAAAGGGUUCGCUUGAGGCGGGCUUUUCUUUUCUUUUCUUUACUGUAUUUUUAAAGCGCAGUAUCCCCACUGAGCUCCGGGCAUCUCGUGUACGCCAGCGUGCACUUCUGUAAAGUCAAGGCAGUGUGUGCCCCGAAAGCUGUUUCCCACCCCACCCCACCCCGCACUGCAGGAUCCACAGUGCGGUUCACUAUGGUUGCGACGAGCAGUUUAAGCAGUAAAAAUUCGGCCAGCAUUUCAGAGUUAAUAGACUGUGGCUUUCCGCCUGGAAGUCUAAGCGACUUUGAUUACUGGGAUUAUGUUGUACCAGAACCCAACCUCAAUGAGGCAGUAUUCGAAGAGACAACUUGCCAGAGCCUGGCUAAAAUGCUGGAGAAUUGCCUGGCCAAAUCCAAGCAGACCAAACUUGGCUGCUCCAAGGUUCUCGUCCCUGAGAAACUGACCAAGAGAAUAGCUGAAGAUGUAUUGCGCCUGUCUUCCCCUGAGCCCUGCGGUCUUCGAGGUUGCAUUAUCCAUGUAAACUUGGAAAUUGAAAAUGUAUGUAAGAAGCUGGAUAAGAUUGUGUGUGACGCUAGUGUGGUGCCCACCUUUGAGCUUACACUGGUGUUUAAGCAGGAGAACUGUGCAUGGUCUAGUUUCAGGGACUUUUUCUUCAGUAAAGCUCGUUUCACAUCUGGUUUUAGGAGAACUCUCAUUCUUAGCCCAGGGUUUAGGCUUGUUAAAAGGAAGCUUUACUCACUGAUUGGAACAGUCAUUGAAGAGUGCUAGGGGGUGGAAAAAAUCUCUCUUGCUGCCUUAUAAUAGAUUGUGCCACUGCUUGGUUUGAUGUCACUUGUAGCUAGACUGGCCUCAUCAAGAAAUCCCAAAUUUAGCCUGUCUGACAUAUGUGUUCCUUACUCAGCAGAACCUCAAGUGUUUUGCUCCAAAGCAUUAAUCUUGUGGCCAGCCCAAAACAUCCCCAAGGGAGUAGACACCCUCCACUGAUUAAGACCAUAGCCAGUGAAAAAUGGGAUGGAGCAGGAGGUAAUGUGGUGAGCAAUAGUCUUUCAUUUGGGGAGCUGCAUCCACUCUGGCCCAUCCUUUCAGAAGCAGGCAGGCCACUCAGUAAUUAAUUCAUUAGUUACAUCCAACCAGUCAGUCCUGGAGCUGAACUGGUUGACAAUAUGAAUGACGUUUUGCUUAGUUUGCUCUUAAUAAUGGCACUUUAAAGGUUCUUCAUAAUCCUUCCAACUAUAUAACCUUAUUAAACGAAGCUCAGCCAAUACAAAAAUGUCUGAAAGCUCAGAAAACCAUCACUCCUACCUUGCAUUGAAGGGCUCCUAUCCCCACAAGGUGGAAUUUAAGUCUCUGAGCUUAACUUCAAACUGACCCUUGGAAAGAGCUGAUUAGGAAUGUUACAGAGACACUGUCUUUUCUCUUGCCACCUUCAAAGAUAUGGAGGGAACAAGCUUGCAUUAUAACUUCAACAAAUUUUUCACGGUUUUACUCAGCUUUAUUUGUAAGGUAUAGGCUCAACUUUUAAAAGGUUCUAUAUUGCACACUAUCUUUUGAAUGGGGAGAGGUGAUAAAUAAAGCAGAGCAGCAGCAUGAUAAUAAUAGAGCACUGGCCCUGAGUUCAAAUCCUGCCUAUAUUGCUUACCUUAGUCAAGUCACUUUAAGUUCCCUAGCCCUCAGUUUCCUCAUUUGUAAAAUGAGUUUUAGGGUUGGAAGAGACCUUAGAUUCCACCAAGUCUAACAUGAUCAUUUUAAAGAUGAGGAAACUGAGAUCGGAGAGGUUGAGAGGCUCCACCAGGGUCGCAUAACUAAUAAAUGUCUGAGGCAGGACUUCUUCUGACUCCAAAUCCAGUGCUUUAUACCACGUCUCUCCCCUGAAGCAAUGAGGGGACUAGAUACCCUGCAUGGGUACUGUAAGAUCUAUGAUCCUAUGAUCAGCUCUUGUUAGAGCCCAAACAAAAACCCCAGAAAGUCAGGCUGGGCUUCUGCGGCUAUAAUGGUGAUGGAUUUCAGGAAGACGUUGUCUGAUCCAAUCCCUCUCUCAAUGGACCUCUAAUUUAACAAGCCUUUCCCCAAACCAUUAGAUUUAAUCCUUGAUCAUUUUCUGUGGCCCAAAGAAUUAUUUGAUGGGCUUGGCUAUUUAGCUUCUUUUCAACACUUCUUGGGUUUAAUCUUUGAUCACCUUCUCACCUUGGUAGCCACUCUUCAUUGCUCUGAUCUUCCCUGACUCUCUACAGGAAAACACAACAACCAGGAACAACUGUUUCUGAGCACUUUUCUUGCUCCUACAAGCCUCUCAAGUAAUAACUGGAUUACAAAUUGCUUAUUUGCUACUAUUCUAAUUAUCAGGCUCAGCAUAUUCACAUGAAGUCGCCAAUGAUUAUGGAGACUUGGUUUAUCAUAGCAUCAAAAAUGUUAUCAAGAGUUUGGGUAACUCAGGCAAAUACCUCAAUCUUUUUGUUUUUAAAUUUCCCAUGGCCUGAACUCUAGGCUAACUCUGUCCUCUAAUCAGUUUUCCCACUGUUUAGUAUAUGAUAAUGAGAACUUUGAUCUUAGUAUAACAAUUUUCAGUUGUGUUCAAUGUUCAAUGCCUUAGUUUCCUCGUGACAGGUGAUUUUGUAAAUUGAGAUAACAAGAGUUCAUUUAUCCGGAUACUCUUACACAACAAAUUUAGGGCAACUAAGUAAUGAAGUGGAUAGAGUGCUGGGCCUGUAAUCAGGAAUACUUGAGUUCAAAACCAGCCUCAGACAUUUACUUUCCGUGUGACCCUAGGCAAGUCACUUAACCCUGUUUGCCUCACGUUCCUCAUCUGUAAAAUGAGCUGGAGAAGGAAAUGGCAAACUACUCAAUAUUUUUGCCAAGAAAACACCAAAGGGGGUCAAAAACAGUUGGACACUCCUGAAACAAAUGAUACCACCUACCACCAAGCAUACCUGAGGCAGGGGUUCUAGCACAAUAAGCACAGUGUUACUCAAAAAAUUGUUGGGAUCCACUGUCUUGUCCCACAGCUGUCAUAAAUUGUAAUUAGUUCCUUUGGGAUUAUGCCGGAUUCCACCAAAUCGAAUGUGUAUAGUGUUUGGGAAUUAGACCAUUGCAGUGGAACUUGUGGUAGAUAUCUGUUAUUGUUUGUGGCUUAACGAGUACCAUAUCUCUCUAAGUAUGGCUGGCCAAGAAGCCCUGUUAGGACUUCCUCAGCAUGGAUGUGGAAUUUUUAUUCCAUGAACAGCUGCUGGUUUCACUUGUGUCUUUCUGGCUUACAAGAUGGUGACAGCUCAUGGAGGUUCUUAAAUUAAUAUUCCUGUUAAAGGAAAUUCAAGUUUGUCUAUUUUUGACAAUAAAGCAUCAUAUAUUUUUGA